CCCAGAAGAACAGAAAGCUCUGAAGGAUCUAAGAAGCUUGAAGUUUUCGUGUCAGCAGGCAAUGCCAUCUGGGACUCCAUCGUCAGUUCAUACUCUCAGGCCAGCAGACAUAAAAAUAGUCACUGCAAUAGGAAGCUUGCAAAAGRCACCAGGAUCUAGCAUGCGUCAUGAAGAUUUACCCCAAAGCACAGAAAAGAGCUUCMUUGAGGUGAGCGUGGAAACAUUAGCAGAUCUCAUUAGCAGUUUUAAUCCCUCGGUCUGGCAGCAGUCUCCUCCACUUGGCACAAAGGAAGCAACAUCAGAAAGUCAAGCCAGAAACCUGCUGGAUCAAGCUAAAGAAAUAUUGAAGGUCAUGAAAGAGAAUCAGACGAUGGACUUCCAAAAUGACUGGAAGUUAAUCACAGUUUUCUUUAGUGCUGAAAAUCCAUGUUCUUCCUGUGCCUCUGUACAACCGAAGAAUUGUGUAUUGGACAAUCUGGAAAAACUUAACGAAGUCUUGGACUUUUUGUAUCAAGAAGUUCCCAAAGCCUUUGUAAAUCUGGUGGAUUCCACUGAGCUCACAACUUCCUCUUAUGUAUGCCAGGAUCAUCAUAAUAUCAGCAAUCCAGGCAGGCAGCGGUGCAAUUGUUUGGGUGAACACUCUGCUGCUGUGGAGGAUAACAUAUUGAGGUGGUCUUACCAGGAUGCUUGGGAAAAACUUCUGGAGUCUGAGAAGUAUGAUCAAAGGGAUGACUUCACUGUUGUUCUUCAGCCUUCUCUUCAAGAAGUAAAUCUGCUGCUUCGGCUGGAAAGGGAUGGUUUCAAUACCAUAGCAAAGCCACAAGUGAAAAUUCUGGAAGAAGAUUAUGUUUUCAUGGCUGUGGGGCUCUGGAACAACAUGUUGGAGCCAGUUGGACAGAAGAAGCCUUACAGUUUUACAAAAAUGUUUCAGGUUCAAUGCCCAUCUCAGGAAAAUCCGUAUUUUUUCACAUAUAAGAAUAGUAACUACUCAUCUUUACCCGUGACAUCAAAGAGCAAAGCAGCAUCUCAGGAAAGGAGUUAUGGAACAAAUGUUCCCUGUUCUAGCCGUGGUCCCUCUGAUACAGUCCCGACAUCAGUUCAUAAUUUGAGACCAGCAGAUAUUCAGGUGAUUGCUGCACUGGGAGACUCCCUCACAGCAGGUAAUGGGGCAAGAUCAAAUCCCCAUGAUGUUCUGGAUGUCCUCACUCAGUACCGAGGUGUUUCCUGGAGUGUUGGAGGAAAUGAAAACAUAAGCACAGUCACAACACUAGCAAAUAUCCUUCGUGAGUUCAAUCCUUCCUUGAGAGGGUAUUCCACUGGCACUGGCAAGGAGACUACCAAUAACGCUGCCUUCAACCAAGCUGUGGCAGGUGAUCGUGCAGAGGAUGUCCCCGCGCAAGUUAGAAGACUGAUAGACCGAAUGAAGAACGAUACUAGCAUAAAUUUUCAGACUGACUGGAAGCUUGUAACGCUCUUCAUAGGAGGAAAUGACCUAUGCAAAUUCUGCAAUGACCCAGUACACUAUUCUCCUGAGAACUACACGUAUAACAUACAAAUAGCUUUGGACAUGCUUCACAGAGAGGUCCCACGGACAUUUGUGAAUCUGGUGGUGGUGCUUUCCAUAUCAAGCCUCCAGGAACUGUACGCAGACAGAAGAGUUAGCUGCCCAAGGCUGCUCAUGAGGACAUUCUGCCCUUGUUUGCUAAACUACGAUGUCAAUUCCACUGAAUUUGAGUGGUUUGUCUCCUUUAAUAAAAAGUAUCAGGAGAGAACUCGCGAAUUAGUGGAGAGUGGAAGGUAUGACACUAAGGAAGACUUCACAGUGGUUUUACAGCCGUUUAUGAUGAAUAUAAAAGUACCAAAGACACAGGAAGGUUUACCUGACAAUUCAUAUUUUGCCCCAGACUGUUUCCACUUCAGCCAGAAAUCUCAUUCCCAGGCUGCACGUGCUUUGUGGAAUAACAUGCUGGAACCUGUGGGUCAGAAGACAGAUAAUCAACAAAUAGAAGAGGAAAUUGUUCUCAAAUGUCCAAGCGAGGCUGAGCCAUUCCUGUGGACAUAUAAGAACAGCAAUUACACAUACCCCAACCAAACUCCAAGUUAUGGAAGCGAGCUGCUAUGUGAAGACAGGACUCCUUCCUCCCCUUCUGCGGCUUCAGUGCAUGCCCUGAAGCCAGCUGAUGUGAAAGUCAUAGCAGCCCUUGGGGACUCUUUGACGGCUGGUACAGGAAUUGCCUCAGAUAACCUUGCAGAUUUGGGCACGGAAUACCGAGGACUCGCUUGGAGUAUUGGAGGAGAUGCUUCCUUAAAGGAUGUGACAACUCUACCUAACCUCUUUCGAGAGUUCAAUGCUAAGAUCGUGGGCUAUUCAACUGGGACAGGACGUGCAAAUGAAUCGGGCGCGUUCCUUAACCAGGCAGUCCCUGGAGCUGAGGCUGAGCAUUUACCUGAGCAAGCCAGAACUCUCCUGAGACUAAUGAAAACUGAUCCUAGAAUUGACCUCAAUGGUGACUGGAAGRUCAUAACGGUGUUUAUUGGAGUCAAUGAUCUGUGCAACUACUGUAAAGACCCUGAUCAUUACUCAGUUGUAAAUUUCACCAGACGAAUUCAAGAAACCCUUGAUAUUCUGCAUGAGCAGGUUCCCAAAGCUCUAGUGAAUCUGGUUGAAGUACUGGACCCUCUACCUCUGAGGCAGUUGUUUGUGAACACUCAAGCUCAGUGCCCYGGUUACUUCACACGUUACCUGUGCAGUUGUGUCCUCCUAGGAGAAGAAAACUCACAAAAUGUAACAAUGGUGAGAAAAGCUACCAGAGCUUACCAGCUUGGUCUUCAGGAAUUGGUAGAAUCUGGCAGAUAUGACACUCAUGAAAAUUUUACAGUGGUAGUCCAGUCUUUCCUUCAAAAUUUCAAGAUUCCUCUUCAUCAGGAUGGGAGUCCAGACAUCUCCUACUUUGCACCUGACUGUUUCCAUCCAAGUCAGAAAGGUCAUUCUCAGCUYGCCAGGGCUCUCUGGAAUGCUAUGUUCCAACCUGUAGGACAGAAAACUGACUCCUUUGACUUCACAUCUAGCAUCACCCUCAGCUGUCCAACCCAGAACAUCCCCUUCCUGGGAACUUACAGGAAUAGCAACUACACGUACUCUGUGGCUCCUACUACCAGGCCAAUAGAGAACUGGGGUAGUGACCUGUUGUGCUCUGACCAGACUUUAUCUAGACCUACCCCGACAUCAGUGCAUGAGCUGAGUCCUGUUGAUAUCAAAGUCAUAGGAGCACUAGGAGAUUCCCUGACUACUGCUGUAGGAGCUCAAGCAACAGACCCACAAGGAGAAUGGAGGGGGCUUUCCUGGAGUAUUGGAGGUGACGGGACCCUGGAGACUCAGACUACUUUACCCAAUAUCUUGAAAAAGUUCAACCCCAACCUCUUUGGCUUCUCCACUGGCCAUGCCAAGGAAACAGCUGGAUUCAAUGCAGCGGUGGGCGGCGCCAAGGCAAUCAAUAUGUCAUCCCAAGCACGUGAACUGGUGGAGCUAAUGAGAAGCAGCUCGAAAAUCAACUUCAAGGAGGACUGGAAGCUGAUCACUGUCUUUGUUGGAGGCAAUGACCUGUGUCAGUACUGCUUGGACAAGGAAACUUAUUCAGUAAAAAAGUAUAUAAAACACCUUCAGGAUACUUUGGAUAUUUUCUAUAAUGAGCUCCCCAGAGUCUUUGUCAACAUGGUGGAGAUCCUAGAGAUGUCUGGACUGCGUCAGAUAGCAGCAAGCUCCUCGGAGUGUGCCGUGGCAGAAAUGAAUUUUUGCCCAUGUUUCUUAACCCCCAAGGAAAACUCCUCUGAACUGCAAGAAAUGAAGAGAGUCAACAGAGAUUUUCAGGCUGAAGCCUCACAGAUGGUCAACAGUGGUCGAUAUGAACAGCGUGAAGACUUUGCAGUUGUCAUGCAACCAUUUUUCCGAAACACCUUUGUGCCCCUGGACAGUAAUGGAAAGCCAGAUUUGAGUUUCUUUUCUACAGAUUGCUUUCAUUUCAGUGAAAGAGGCUAUGCUGAGAUGGCUGUGGCUCUCUGGAAUAAUAUGUUGGAGCCAGUUGGUGAGAAACAGAGUUACAACAACUUUACCCAUGACAGAUCAAAACUCAAGUGUCCAACCCUGGAGAAACCCUUUCUUUUCACAGUAAGGAACAGUGGAUUUGGAAAUGCAGCUCCCGUUUCAGUGAAAACUGAACCUUCAGUUCCCUACUGGGCUGUUAUUGUGGCAGCCGUGGCUGGAGUCCUGGCAGGUUCGCUGCUCGUCUGGGCUGUGUCAGCAAGAAGAGCCAAGAGAUACCAACAUGAGACAGGCACAGCAAUGAAUUUGAAGUCAACAUCUCUGUGAACCUGAGGCAAGAAGAACAAAUAUCUAUCUCCACUGAGGUUGCUCUGGUGUAAUGAAGAGAGCAGCAUUAAAAAAAAAUGUUGAAUAUCAAUCAAGCUCUUUUGUUGGCCAGUGAUUUUUGGGUCCAGCAUUUUAAUCAGAAAUAUACUGUAACAUAAACUUCUGCAGAUCAGCCAGAUGGAGGAAGCAGUUGAAAGAAUUAAAACUUUUUCAUGAUGGGAAACCUUUCUCCAUUUCAUGAAAAUUACUCAGGAUGUCAAUUGUUCACCUGAAAUGAGGAAACUGUUCAAACCUCUUAACCCCUUUCUUGCACAUCUGCUCCUUUUUCUUGUGAAACACUGGAUCUAAAAUGUUAGAAAAGAGUCCAUAAUUAUUGCCUGAUGUUUCUCAAAAGCAAGGUAAGUGAGGUGAGAUGAGAAGAAAUGCCACAUGUUUUGUGUGUUAGAUUCCAGCAAGACCAUUGAGUAGGAGGUGCUAUAAGGGCGUUUUACACUGGGAAAUACAAUGUCAUGGCAAGGUCUUCAAGCCACUCUCUGAACAACCUAGAACAUACCCAUGGAAACCAUGGUGUGGUGCUGAGCUGGAAUAUUGCCUUGGACUCUGGUUCUAUCUGGGGUUAGAAUGGAACUAUGUCCCACUUUCAACUUCUUUGUUUGGACUAAAUAGCCUGCACUAGUCUGGUAUCAUCUCGGCCAUGGCUGCACUGGUUCCAGAAUGAUUCCUCAGGAACAGCAGCACAGCAUGAAGUUAUGAAGUCCAAACAAGUGUAAGGUAUCGGACCGGCAGUGGCAAGCUAAACUCCGUAACCCUUCUUGCAGGAUGUGUAGCAUUUCCAGGACCCCCAGACUGGAGUCUCUUUGGUUGUUCUCCAGGGAAGAAUUUGUUGAGUUCUUCCAAAAUUCUCAUUGGGAGUUCAGAAAAACUCUUUC